AUGUUUUCCGAAGAGCUCAAGGCAUUCAGAAGACUAGGGCUUCGCCAUGUUUUGCUACAAGCACUGAAUUUCGCCUCGGUCAUCGCAUCUGGCUUGAUGAUUUGGAAAGGUCUCGGACUAGUAACAAACUCAGAGUCCCCCAUCGUCGUUGUCUUGAGUGGCUCAAUGGAACCGGCGUUUUACCGUGGCGACUUACUGUUCCUCACGAAUCCCUCAAGCGAAAAGUAUCACAACGGAGACAUAACCGUCUACAAGAUCCCUGGCGCAGACAUCCCCAUUGUGCAUCGAGUGCUUGAAACCCAUGAUGCCAAAACACGCACCGGAGACCAAUCUGUGCCCAAACAACGAUUGCUGACCAAGGGUGACAACAACGAGGUGAACGACAUCGAGCUGUACCGUGGCCUUGAAUACCUCGAACGGAAACAUAUUGUGGGGAAAGUGCGAGGCUUCCUGCCUUAUAUCGGCUACGUGACGAUUGCCAUGAACGACUUCCCUCAACUAAAAUACGCGCUGCUUGGUGGCUUGGGGCUUCUAGCACUCAUUCAACGCGAAUAA